CAAAAUUCUUCCUAAACUCAGCUCUCGUUGGUGCCUACUGUCUGCUGAAAUCUGGAAUUAGUCCCAGCACCGUGACUUUUCCAUCAUGUCGGAACCGAUCACGCUCAAUGUUGGAGGAAAACUCUAUACCACCUCUCUGUCCACUCUGACUAGCUUUCCAGACUCCAUGCUGGGGGCCAUGUUUAGUGGGAAGAUCCCAACCAAGAAGGACAGCCAAGGCAACUGCUUUAUUGACAGAGAUGGCAAAAUCUUCCGCUAUAUCCUGAACUUUUUGCGAACUUCUCACUUGGACCUUCCCGAAGAUUUUCAGGAAAUGGGCUUACUGCGGCGAGAAGUAGAUUUUUAUCAAAUUCAGCCUCUGAUUGAGGCCUUGCAGGAGAAGGAGGUAGAGCUUUCUAAAGCAGAGAAAAACGCCAUGCUUAACAUCACCCUCGAUCAGAAGACCCAGACUGUUCACUUCACUGUCCGAGAAGCACCCCAGAUUUACAGCCUGUCUUCCUCCAACAUGGAAGUGUUCAGUGCUCAUAUCUUCUCCACAUCGUGCCUGUUCCUGAAGCUUCUUGGUUCCAAACUGUACUACUGUUUCAAUGGAAACCUUUCCUCAAUAUCCAGUUACCUGCAGGACCCCAACCACUUGACCUUAGAUUGGGUUGCAAGUGUGGAAGGCCUUCCCGAAGAGGAGUACACCAAGCAGAACUUGAAGAGACUCUGGGUGGUGCCAGAUAAUAAGCAAAUCAAUAGUUUCCAGGUGUUUGUGGAAGAAGUGCUGAAAAUAGCCAUGAGUGAUGGUUUCUGCAUAGAUUCUGCUCAUCCACAUACUUCAGAUUUCAUGAAUAAUAAGAUUAUUCGCCUAAUUCGGUACAAGUAGGAAUGGCUGUUGUGGUGCUAGCAUGGAGAUAACACAGGUUAAGUGUUUCCCUUUAAAACACACUUACAGCCUAAUUCAGAAUCAUGAUUAUCUGGAUUAAGAGUCACUAACAAGGGGAUGAUUUUCCUUUAAUGUACUUACCAAUACGACCUUCCAGAAUGUGUCCAUAUUCCAGACAGAAGCAAUAUUGUCUAGCGCCUGAAUUAAGGACUGGCUCUGUCUCUGCCUCUGCCUCUGACCUGCUGUAUAAUUCUGGGGAAAAUUACUUAACUUCUGCCAUCUCUACGUUUUCCAGUUAGAAAAUGGGUGAUCCUUAACCCGCAAUGCCAGGGGAUGCGAGAGUUCAGUAACCAUGGUUUGGAAUGUAUCUGGAGAAUGGAUGCAGUGAAAGAUACCAUGGAGCUGCAGUGCAGCAGACAGCCCUAGGAGCACAUUUGCCAUGCCUUGCUGUAUCACCCGUGCAGAGCAUUCAAGAAGCUUUGGAUCUGCAGAGGAGAAGCCUUCCCACAUGCACUCAAGACAGCUGUAAAGGAUGGUACGAGUUGCAAAUGAGUAAGGGAUCCCAUCUCUUUGGGUUCAACAAAGGAUUUCUGUGAAGUUGGCUUGGGUUUUUUUCUGAACCCUGUGAGGAAGCCCCUGCUUUAUUGUGCUUUCAGGGAAGCUGUGUUGGAAUAAUGUGACUGGCAAGGAAGCUGUAGAAGACAGAAUGGUGUUAUUACAAACCAAGAAGGUUAAAUCUUUACUUUUACAUUCCAAAGGCAUCUGAGACAAGUAGUCCUUUUCUUUCUCUUGAAAUGUUAAUAUUUGUCUGGAGGAUGCUGCUGAAACUUUCUAAAGUGAAGACAGAUUUUGGGUCAGAUGCCGCCAGAUAUCUUCUAAACAUUUGAGCCUCUUUUGGGCAUAUCUCCCUUCAGCAGUGCCUGAAAUGCAUGGGAUGCUGUCUGGGUAGGAUGGAUUUAAUUUGAAAAGACAACAUUCUCACCAGGUUACACCUAGUAUUUUUCAUUGCAAAAACAGAGGGUCGUUUUUCCUAUCCUGGUUCAUUGAGCCUUUUAAUGUCUAAUAUCUGUGUGAAAUGGUCGGGUCACUAAAAGAAUUUUACCUGCUUGCUUGGCUUCAGUGUCAGCUUGCCAGAGGGAAAGCAGUGGGGAACCAGAGGUCAAACUCUUCCCUACACACCUGAUCUGUACUGUAAUGAAGAUCAUAACUCACUAGCUGCAUGUUGUCUCUAAACAUCAUUUGUGCCACAUUCAAGAUGGUUCUUUCUCAGCUAAUUAUGUUUCAAAGCAUCUUAACUGUAUUUCCCUAACCACAUUGCUAUGAGUGCAUGAGAGGCCCUCUGGAACAUUUUCAGGUAUCUUUAAUGAGAUAGAAGGGAAAAUACAAUAACUAAGUUUUGCAUUUAGAGGUUUAGUGCUUCCAAAGUUUUCUAGCACAGGGCUGCAAAGCUCAAUAAAGCACACGUUCUUGUUUCCCAAAGUAACUACUUUGUCGUUACAUGAAGCUGACCUGUGAACAAGCAUAAAGAAGCUUUUUUUCUUGUAAAAAAACAGUGUGAUCAAUAUAUUUUUACUGUCCCAAACUGUGGCUGCAUGAACAACACAAAUCAGCAUGCUCACAGGUAAAAUGCACAUUCUGCAGUUGUUACAAACCACUGCCCUUUGUCUGACUUGGUGCUAAACCAGCAUGAUAUACGUGGGACCAUGUUGUCAGAAGGCACUGAUUGGGCUUGAAGCCCCCAGAACCACUAAAUGUGGCAAAUUUUGUGUAUUUAUAGGAUUGUAAACAGAAUUU